AGUCUGCAGCCUGUGUGCCGAGCAGCAGCAGCAGCAGUGUGUUCAACACAAGGAAAAAGCUGCAUGCAGCAGAAACAAGAUGGCUUUUCCUGCAGGGCGAGGGUUUCUGUUAGCCUGUAGGCCUCUGGGAUGUAAGACAAAAGGUCUGAGCUCCUGGGCUCCACAGGAGUAGACAGCAGCUCCAGAUGAGUGGACCUGCUGCAGCACCACACAAGUCAGACAGCAACACCGGUGACAUGCAGGCGGCUGCAGUGGCUCCAUCCUUCCUCCCCAGUCCAACGGGGAAGAUCCCGGGCAGGAAGAGAGGGAGGCCCCCCCUCCGCAGCGUCGCAAAGAUGGAUUUUCCAAAUCACUACUCGGAAUCCCUCCCUCCGCUCAAAAUCCCCAAGAAGAGAGGCAGAAAACCAGGCUUCAAGCUCAAACCACGGAUGGUGAUGACACCUUUAGCUAUUUCUCCACCCAGCAGCACUCCUGAACCAGAUAUGAGCUCCAUCCCUCAAGAUGCUGCCACCAUUCCCCACUCUGCUACGCCCCAGGUGCUCACAGUUUGUAUCUAUAUCAACAAGCAGGCCAACACUGGUACCAACCUGGAUAGGAAAAAGAUCCAGCAACUCCCUGAUCACUUCGGACCCGACAGACCCUCCGUAGUGCUCCAACAGGCUGUCCAAGGCUGCAUUGACAGCGCUUUCCAGCAGAAAACCGUCUUCACCCUUCUUACACAGGGCUACGGAGGAGAAAAAAUAUCAGCCACAUUUGAUGGGAAGCAGCACCUUUUGAGCCUUCCUGUGGUGAAUAGUAUUGACUACGUGCUUCGUUUUCUCAAGAAGCUCUGCCGCAGUCUGCACUGUGAGAACCUCUUCAGUGAUCAGCCCAUUAGCCAGCACAGCGGUGGAUCCUAUCCCUCAGAUGCAGAAACAUCCAUGACUGAAAACUACGAUGUCAACCAGUCAGAUGGCAAACGCUAUUCUGUGGACCAUGGCGAUUCUGCUUUCAGCUCCAUAAGCUCCUCCUACACACCAAAGUCCUCCUAUGGGUUCCGGUCUUCACAGAAGUUCUCCAAUGGCUCUGCCUCCAUGAGCCUGUGCAGACAGUCAUCCACCAGCCCAAACUCAUUUCCAGAUGGGAACAGGACAGGAGGCUAUAAUGUUUCUUCAGAGUCCCAGGAGUCCAAGGCUCCAUCCAGUAAGGACCCGACCACCUGGUCUGUGGAGGAUGUGGUUUGGUUCAUCAGGGAUGCAGACCCUCAGGCUCUUGGUCCUCACACAGAUGUCUUUAGAAAACACGAGAUUGAUGGGAACGCUUUGUUGCUCCUUAAGAGCGACAUGAUCAUGAAGUACCUUGGCCUGAAGCUUGGGCCGGCCCUGAAGCUUUGCUUUCACAUCGACAGACUGAAGCAAACCAAGUUCUGAGAGCUUUUUCUUUUUUUCACAACCCAACAGAACUGUGAGCGAGGUCACUUCCUGAGAUGACAGGUUUGUGGUCCAAAGCAAGGAAGGGGUUGUGUUGUUUCAUUUAGGGUCUCCUCAAACAAGCUUCAUCACUUAUUUAUAUCCCCCCCAAAAUGUUAGUUCACAGGUAACUCAGAAUAACUCUAAAAUAAAUGACACCAAACGGACACAUCAGGAUGUAUCCAAACAGCUUUAUCUUCAGGCCUGAAGAUAAAGGUUAAUGGAUGAUACUGUUUUUACAUACAGUUUACAUACUGUUAGCAAAAUAUCUCAUGAACCAGUGGAUGAAUCUCAAUAAAACUUUCAGAAAGUAAUCAUUGUGAAGUCAAACCCAGUAACAGAUUUAAACAUAAGAGGUUAGAGGUUGAAAACGGCUCUAUAAAACAUCUUUAGUUUAAUUACUGGAGUUUCUGUGGUGCAGUAGUCAGCAUGUUACUUUCAGUAGACAGCAGUGAGAACAACAGCAAUUUAGAAAAUCAGAGAAACAAUCUUCAACUAAAAGCUGGCCUGACUAAGAUCUGUUCCAGACCAGAGUGGACUUCAGUCAUUAAAGUGUAACCUACCCCGCACUGUGAAAAGGUAACUCCGCCCCAAGGCGAAAUUUUAAAAAUGCAUCA